AUGCAAUGCUAUCCAGGCUUGGAAAGUUUCGUCUUUUCCGCUAUAUUCUUGCAGACAACAAACUAUCACUGUAGAGCUAGAGAAAUCACGAACGAACAUAGAUAUCUACCACCGCUCCGCAAGUCCCGCUCGCUACCUUCAACCGUUAUCGAGAUGAUCUUUUUUCGCUUGUUUUGCGCGUUAUUUGCUCUGAUUUCGCUCGCACCUUCUGCUGCUGCUGCGGAAAUCAGCACAAUCACGACUAUUCAGAAUGGGGUCACCAACUAUAUUGUCACAACAUUGGGAGGUGGUGCCGCUAACACUGCAGCUGCAACGAAGAAAACUAUCACUAGCACGAACGCUGCUGGAGAAGUAGUUACCACCGUCGUCAGCACCACGGCUACGGGGACAGACACCGCUACAACUGGUAAAACGACCAAAACAUCCGCAUCAUCCUCGUCCUCGUCCACUACAACUGGUAAAACGACCAAAACAUCCGCAUCAUCCUCCUCCUCUGCUUCUUCUUCGUCUUCCUCAUCGUCAGGUUCUAAAGCGGCAGGAACCAGACCUGAUCCCACCACUGACGCCACCCCACUGCCUGCAUCUGCUGUCACAACAUUGUCGAUUCAAUCGCUCAUAACCAUGACGGAAAAAUCCACGACCUACACCACCACAAGAGCCCCAACCUAUGUUUGGGUUACCUUAACUACCAACGGCCACACCGUGACAACUUCUACCACAUUUGUACAAAUUUACCCCACGAGAUAUACCUCAGUAGCUGAUCCUACUUCCGGGUCAAUCGGGAUGGGGUCUCUGAGCGGAGAAAUUGGGCAGGUAAGAUCGAACAAUGUCGUAACGCUCUCUAACGGGGCUCAAGCUAUGGCAGCUUCAUUUUCUUUAGCAGGGGGCCUCCUGGCUUUGCUCUCAUGGAUCUUGUAA